GCUAGAGAUUUUUUCCCUUCGACGACGACGACGAAGAAACAGCGAAGAUGGCUUCUCUGAGUUCACCACUGUAUCUAAUCAUCCUCGUCAUCUACGCCGUUGCAAUCUCAUCAUCAUUCCUCGCCACAGCACAUGAACAAAACAACGGAGACGAAGAGAUCAUAAGAAGCGGUGGGCGUAGACUCCUUCUAGGUUUCAAAGAAACUCCAAAAGGAAGCAACAUCACCUUCGAAUGCUCUCCUUCAGGUCCUUGCGUCUCCUGCAAUUCCUCCGAAAAGAGAAAAGAGAAGUAUCGUUGCAGUGAGACUGGUUAUCGAAUUCCUUUUAAAUGUAGAGAGGUGAGAGGAGGAGAAGCUUCACACAAGAAAGUUGCAGAAGAGACUCAACAGAAUGUUCAAUCUAAUGUCGAUGUUGAUGAGGAAGAAGUUGUUGAUGCAUCUUCGGUGAAACAGAGGAAUCUGCGUGAUGAUUCUUCUUCUUCUUCACCAGCAACGAAAGCUAAGAAGUCUCAGUCUUACAAAACUUAUAGAAGCUGUGUUCCUUCUGCGGAUGAGGAGAGAGUUUCAGUUCUUGGUUUUGAGGCGUUUAUGCUAGGAUUGUUACUUGUAAGCGGAUCAGCUGUAUACUACAGAAAGAAACAGACAGUACCGAUGGCUGGAGUAUCAAGUGGAAGAUCACAAGGCAAUUCGCGGUUUUAAGAAGCAUUCCUUUUUUCAAUAUGUAAAAGCUUUCAACGGAUCACUCAGAAAACAGGUUCAAAAAGAUAUAUUGCUUAAGUGUAUAGGAUAAGCUUUUAGGGGGCUUGAUAUGAUUGGAGACUACUUGUUUUGUAUUAUUGACAAAGACACAUCAUAACACAUUGCUGAAUCGGUUCCCGUUAUUAAAGAUGUUUAUCAC